UCAGCCACCAAGCGCACAAAAUCGGUGUGGAUAAAAUCACUUUUUUUGACAAGGGAAAACUGAAUUCUCUCUGAGCGGAUGGUCAAACCGGCCAUUUUUGUCGGUCAAAACCUCGAUUUUGAUCUCAACCUCGUCGAUGUUUGAAUUCCCAAGCAUCCUGACGAGGAUUUGUCAGAUCUGAAGCAAAGAUCACUUCCCGACCGGCCAUAUCCACAUCAGAUUGGCCGAGGCUGUUUUCCCUCAACAGUUAGCCACCCCACGUGGCGAAAGCAGUCGUUUCCAUCAGACAGAUAUCGCCAUCAGCCUUUUUCAUCCCGAAUCUCAUUUAAUCAGAACACUUCCAUGGGUUAGAGCCCGCCAUGGCGCCUCACGGGUACGCGUUGCGUAGCCGCGCGACACCACAAACUCAGGAUCUGCAGAACGAAGCAACAUGCAAAGAUCACAAACCUGCAGCAGCAGCUCCCAAGCUGGUCGCGGGACCAAGCACCGCCAAGCUACCAAGCCCAUCCCCUGAAAACGACUGCAACUAUGAGCCCAAGCGGGUGGUCCAUCUGACCGACAAAGGAGCGGCCUACUUCAUCGACAAGGCGUUCAAGCUCCUUCGUCCCAGGCUGGUGCCGUAUGAUUAUAAGGACGGCCACGAGGAGGUGCUCAUUCCCUUGCGUGAGGGGAUAGGUGCACCCGUCGUCCCCAUGCAAAGGAAGCUGGUACGGAGGGGCAUGGACAGGAGUGGGCUGCCGCUGGAUGGCGACCCGCCUGAGGUUUUGGAUGAGAUUGUCGUGGGCGGCACCAAGGUCAACCAGGGAGCUGAUAGCAAUGCCGACCGGGACAACCGUAGCAAGACCGGCCAAGAGGACGAUGAGAACGACAACCAGGCGAUGGUUCAGGCUGCGGAAUCCGCUGCAAACACAGAUGCGCCAGAGGUGGAUAAGAUUAUGGUUGCAGGCAACAAGGCCGAUGAGGGCGACGGCGACGACGAUUCGCAUACAGAGGUCGAGUCUCAGACAUCUGCCGCAGAGGUACAGUCGCCAUUUGAAGAUGUAACAAUGGCAAGCCUACCGGGCGCGGAGUCAGAAUCACGUGUUCCGAAUGAACCUUUGUCAGAGAAAGAUGACACUAUUGCAACUAGCAUGGCGGACCAGAAUAUGAGCAGCGACGACGACCAACUAACGGAGGUUGAGCUUGGAACACCUGUCCAAAAGGUGCAUGUUACACACGUCAAGUCGCAUAUCGAAAAUGUAACUAUGGCGGACGCACAGGAGAUCGACGUUGAGGGCACGAUGCUUGAUCAGAAAACCGAGGCCAACUUGCAGACAGUGGCCGAUGACGAGGACGAAGACUCCCUUGCUGAUACCGUUAUUGGAACGACAUCUGUUGCGGAGGGACCUAUCCCAGAAGCCACGGUUGCAACGACGCCUAUUGUGGAUAAAACUCUGGGACAUACAGCUGCUGCAGACACAGAUACUACAGAGGGAUAUGAAGUUGUUAUGGAAGACAGCACAGUCGAGUCGGAUAUUGCAAGUUUGCAUGCGAUGGCCGACCUGGAAGGAUUUAUUACCAAGGCAUUUAUUUCAGAGAUGCCUGCUGCAGGGACAGCCACGGAGAAGGCAUAUGUUGCAGAGACUCCCAUGGCAGAUUUACGGAAUGAUUUUGCUACCAGCCAGGCAGUUUCAGUGGUCGCCACACCUCCUUUUCCAGCUCCGGCUCUUCCGUCGGUUAUAAACCCGGCCCCGCAACCAACCAUGCCUGCAGCUUUCCCUCUCCGCAACUACCAAUCACCAUUGCCACAGUCCAGACAUCCUCGAUCUACUCUGCCUACUCGGCCUACUCGGUCUUUUCGACACUCUCUACCUUCUUUACCUUAUCAGCUUCCUCGCCCUCCUCGACCACCCCCUCCUCUCUUUUAUGAGACUGCUCCUCGUCUUCCUUUACCUCCUCCACCUCCGGCAUCUCCACCACAUCCAGCACCAACUGCCACUACUGAAGCCUCACUAACUCCGCCCCGAGAAUAUGACGAUAUAACCGGGUACGAGCACGGCGACACGCCCGAGACUUACUACCUCCCAUUCGCCGGAGACCCUGACCGCACAAGGGUUUAUCUUUUGAGACGAGCUGAGAACAUUAAGAGGGCGAACCGAGAGGCACGGCCGGCGUGGAGGGAUUAA